GAGAAUCAAUCUGUUCAUGGUGUUAAAAGUAUGAAACUUGUAUAACGGUUUCCGUAUUGGGUAGAGUUUUCGGUAUUAUUGAAAUACAUGACGUGACGAAAACCUUCUUUCUGUAGUAAAAGAAUAAGUGAUCAUCUACAGCAGCAUAAUCGUCAAGCUGUGUAUUUGAUGGAUUCACCUUCAUUAUCCCCGGAAUCUGCCUUGGCUUCCUCCACCCCUGGUUCCAAUGAUGCAACCCCUCGUGUAAAAUUAUUGUGCAGCUUCUUAGGUAGCAUUUUGCCUCGUCCCCAUGAUGGGAAAUUGAGGUAUGUUGGUGGAGAAACUCGAAUUGUGAGUGUACCUAGAAAUAUUAGUUAUGAGGAGCUGAUGACUAAGAUGAGGGAGCUUUAUGAUGGAGCGACAGUGUUGAAAUAUCAGCAGCCAGAUGAGGAUCUUGAUGCUUUAGUGUCAGUUGUGAAUGAUGAUGAUGUGACGAACAUGAUGGAAGAGUAUGAGAAGUUGGGUUCAAGUGAUGGGUUCACGAGGCUUAGGAUUUUUUUGUUUUCACAUCCUGACCAAGAUGGCUUAUCACAAUUCAUUGAUGGGAAUGAGAGGGAGAAUGAGAGGAGAUUUGUGGAUGCUUUGAAAAGUUUAAAUGAGUGUUCUGAUUUUAGGAAAUGUGACUCACCUGUGAUGACUCCAGUUUCUGAGGAUUUUCAUUUAGCAGAACAAUACCUUAACAGUAUGAGUAUUGAUGGUGGGCUUCAUAUCCAGAGGAGUGGUGAGAUACCCAUACCAGUAUAUAACAUGCAUAGUCCUACUAUUCCUCAAUUGGGUUCUGUGCAGUUCCAGCAACAUGUUCCGCAGAGAUACAAUGAAAUGGAAGGUCCAUGGAGUCCUGUGUGCUAUUCUCCUAGUCAGCAUGGACACCAUACUCCCAGAACACUAUCAACUUCACCAUCUUCUCGCUACAGGGUACUUUUUCCCGAAUUUCAAGACAAAUGCAUGGAUAGAAUGCAAGAAGAAUAUGUAAGGCAGCGAUUAAAUCGGCAUCCCCAGUAUGAGCACCAGCCACAUUUUUCCGAUAGUGUAGUAUGUAUGCCUACAGGAGCUAUGUCUGGUGAUAAGGCUUGUGGUUUUCCUGGUAACAUCCUUCAUAGUCAUGGUGUGUAUGAGGGGAACCACCUCUGGGAGAACGGCAGGGUCACAUUUUGUCGAAACCAGUCACCACAUUUGGAGCAUUCCAACAUUGGAAAUACUGUUCCUCAGGUUAAUAGUCCAGGUGCUGAAUGCCCCUCGAAUCGAGAAGCAUUCAUGGUGAAUGCAGAUGGAAAAUUGCCUCUUGGAUUUUAUUCCAAAGACCAAGUUGAUCCCUCUUCUGCUCAUGGUGAAACACAUGGUCAUGAAAGAGGAUGGGAUUUGCAACAUCAAUUGAACCCAUGUGUUGAGGAAGUAAGAAAUCAUGCUCAUGGAGCUGGAAGAUUGAAUGACCACAAUGUUGUAGAUGGUACUGGCAUGAAUUUACCUCUUGAGCAUGCCAAUUUAUCUGAUGGCCAUUAUAUGCUCUCAAAUUAUGUUAAUCAGCGAGCUAGAUCUGAGUUGGGGAAUGAAGUAUUUAAUGAUCAAGCCGUGGUUGCUUCGCCCCACAUGAACAUUCCUCCUGAAGAACAUGGAGCGGCCCGUUAUGGGAAUUAUCCUUACCCAUAUGGAGGAGACAAUGUUUACCAAGCAUUACAUGUACAUAUGCAUUCUUUGUGGAGAAAUGUUCAGAAUCAAACUCAUGGUGCUCCAGCUUAUGAAGCAUGUAGCUUACCUCAGCAAGUAAAUUAUGCAGUUAACGCCGCAUUUUUUAAGGAUCCAGCAGAAGCUAUUGCAAAGCAUCGUGUUGCAACAGAUAGUCAAAAUACUUGGGUUGAGUCUCCACAAAAGGUGCUAAGUUCUGAUGGGAACGCUGUUCGAGACAUUGCUUAUGUCCAUCCUCUCAAGGUGGACGUUGGUCCUCAUUGUCAGGAAACUCAAGAUGCUGUCACUACGGAACCAGUUCAAGCUCGUCAAGACAUGCUAAAAUUUGCCACUUCCACAGAACCUGUUCAGUUGCCCGGUCAACCUUCAAUUUUAAUCCAUGAUACAUCUGAUUCAAGCAACAAUCAGGAAUCACAAGUUGAUUCUAGUGUCAUUGGAGCGUCGGGGAUUGAGGACAACAUUGUUCCCAUGGAAGAUGAAGCAAACCAUGUGAUGAAGACGGAAAAUUCUGAUGUUCCAAGUGUGUGCUGUCCUGAGCAAAACAAAAUUCCUGAAUAUGAAUCUAAAGUAGCAUCUAAUGAGGCUAACGUUUCAAAUUGUUUAAAGCUGGCUGAAAAGGGUGGCAGCCAGGCAAAACCUGGUGAAAAAGAUACUACAGCUGCUGAAAACUCAGAGCUGUCUGUAAGCUGUUUGAGUUUCAUACCGGACUUUGUAGCUUCAGUUACAAAAGUAGCUUUGGAAGAGGUUGAAGAAGUGAAAGCCAAAUGUGAAGAUUUUACUCCCAUUAAGCGUGAUGCAAUUGAAAAAGAAGCAGCUGUGGAAGAAUCAGAAUCAGUGAAUGCCCAUGGAGAGUUUGAAUUGGAUUCUGAUAAUGGAAACGAAACCCUGGCCAAAAUUGAGCCAACAAAGGCCGAGGAAGAAGCUUUUGCAAGAGGGUUACAGACAAUUAAAAACGAUGAUCUCGAGGAGAUCCGAGAAUUGGGCUCUGGAACAUAUGGGACAGUUUAUCAGGGUAAAUGGAAAGGUUCUGUUGUAGCAAUCAAGAGAAUUAAAGCUAGCUGCUUUGCAGGGAGGCCUUCCCAAAGAGAACGAAUGAUUGCAGAUUUUUGGAAGGAAGCUUUGAUAUUGAGUUCAUUACAUCAUCCAAAUGUUGUUUCCUUCUAUGGUAUAGUUCGUGAUAGUCCUGAUGGAUCCUUAGCUACUGUUUCUGAAUUCAUGGUUAAUGGAUCUUUGAAGCAGUUCUUUCAGAAGAAGGACAGGACUAUUGAUCGUCGUAAGAGACUCAUCAUAGCCAUGGACGUUGCAUUUGGCAUGGAGUAUUUGCAUGCGAAGAACAUUGUACAUUUUGAUUUGAAAUGUGAAAACUUGUUGGUAAAUAUGCGAGAUCCACAACGUCCAGUGUGCAAGAUUGGUGAUUUGGGCUUAUCAAAGGUCAGACAGCAUACACUAGUUUCAGGAGGUGUUCGUGGAACUCUACCGUGGAUGGCACCUGAGCUUUUGAGUGGUAAAAGUGACAUGGUAUCUGAAAAGAUUGAUAUCUACUCUUUUGGGAUCGUUAUGUGGGAGUUACUCACUGGCGAAGAACCUUAUGCUGAUAUUCAUUGUGCUUCUAUAAUCGGGGGGAUUGUAAACAACACAUUACGUCCAAAAAUACCAUCAUGGUGUGAUCCUGAAUGGAAGGCUUUGAUGGAAAAGUGUUGGGCCUAUGAUCCUGCAGAGAGACCUUCCUUUUCUGAAAUAUCUCAGAAGCUGAGAAACAUGGCAGCUGCAAUGAAUAUAGAAUAAAUUCAAUUCUGACGCGACUUCACUUUCUCACUAUCAUGCUGGGAAAAAUGAAAGAGAGAUUAAACGUCAUCUACGAUUAGGCUAAUGAUACACACUACCUUGCCUUGGUUCUUAUAUAACGGAUCUCGUAUGGUACUGCCACAAGUUAUUUCAAGAGUACCAAGAUAUACAUUUGUGGCUGAAUUAGUAUACUCAAGGAGACUGCAUAAUAUACACAAACAAGUGCCAUGAAAUUCAACGGGGAGGAUUGUUGAUAUUUGGGGUGAAUGAAUCUGUCAUUUGAGGUGGGACUCCCGUUCCUUAAGUAUAUAAGUUUAUAGUAAUUAAUAAAGCAUGGUAAAUACUGCACAGUAAAUACCAAGAGUUCAUAAGUGUACAUACCACUGGUCUCUUUGAACACUAUGCUAUACGAAAUAUCAAAAUGUUUGCACUGUGAAGUUUGUGUAACAAUUGAAGCGGCCCUAUAUGCUUCGCCGAGGAAUAAACACUGUAUGAUUGAUGCCAAAUGGACAAUGUUGUUCAGUUCAACUUUUGUGUUUUUUUAUUCAGAUAUGGAA